AUACAUUCAUUCUUUAACCCUGACUCAUCUCUGCAACUGACUCGAAUCUCGAAGCAUUUCGCAUGCUUCUGCAAUGGAGAAACUUCUCCGAUCCACUUCCUACUCUCUAUUUCACACUCCAAAACUCACUUCUACUCACACUUUCCAAUUCACAAACCCUAACUUUCACAUCAACUUUCAAACAAGCCAGAGAAACACCAAUGCUGCCGUAGCGGUUAAUGCAGGCGACGCCGGAGAAUUGGAUACGGCGGUCGUCGAGAAGGAGAAACCGCCACCGUCGCCGCGCCGCUUUCAAAUUCUGCGAGGUAAUCCGACGCCGUUUGGUGCUACGGUGCUUCAGGAUGGUGUCAAUUUCGCCAUUUAUUCGCAUAAUGCCACUUCUGCGACUCUGUGCUUGAUGACUCCCUCUGAUUUGCCUCAGAAAAGAAUUACUGAGGAGAUACCUCUGGAUCAACUUACCAAUAAGACCGGAGAUGUAUGGCAUGUGUUUCUAAAGGGAGAUUUCACAGACAUGCUCUAUGGAUACAAAUUUGAUGGAGAGUUUUGUCCUGAGGAAGGGCAUUAUUAUGAUUCUUCACAGAUCUUGUUAGAUCCGUAUGCUAAAGCUGUUGUAAGCAGGGGGGAGUUUGGUGUUCUGGGACCUGAUGAUGAUUGCUGGAGCCAAAUGGCUGGCAGAAUUCCUUCUGUUGAUGAGUUUGACUGGGAAGGAGACCUACCUCUGGCAUUUGCACAAAGAGAUCUGGUAAUUUAUGAAAUGCAUGUUCGUGGAUUUACAAGACACGAGUCCAGCAAGACAGAAUCUCGUGGCACUUACCUUGGUGUAGUGGACAAACUCGAUCAUUUGAAGGAACUUGGUGUCAACUGCAUAGAGUUAAUGCCAUGUCAUGAGUUCAAUGAGCUGGAAUACUUCAGCUACAAUCCUGUAUUGGGCGACUAUAGGUUAAACUACUGGGGAUAUUCAACCGUCAACUACUUCUCACCAAUGUCAAGAUAUGCAUCUGCUGGUGCUCGUAACUGUGGCAUUAAUGCAAUAAAUGAGUUCAAACAGCUUGUUAAAGAGGCACACAAACGUGGAAUUGAGGUGCUCAUGGAUGUGGUUUUCAAUCAUACCGCUGAAGGGAAUGAGAAUGGCCCCAUAUUAUCUUUUCGUGGUGUUGAUAACAGCGUCUUCUAUAUGCUUGCACCUAAGGGAGAGUUUUACAACUAUUCAGGUUGUGGAAACACCUUCAACUGCAACCAUCCAGUCGUUCGCCAGUUCAUAGUAGAUACUCUGAGAUAUUGGGUAACAGAGAUGCAUGUAGAUGGAUUUCGCUUUGACCUUGCUUCUAUCUUAACACGAGGCAGCAGCCUCUGGGAUUCAGUAAAUGUGUAUGGGAAUCAGCUAGAAGAUGAUUUGCUGACAACUGGCUCACCCCUCAGCAGCCCACCACUGAUUGACAUGAUUAGCAAUGAUCCAAUACUACGAGGAGUUAAGCUUAUAGCUGAAGCAUGGGACUGUGGAGGGCUUUACCAAGUUGGCGCGUUUCCUCAUUGGGGCAUUUGGUCAGAAUGGAAUGGAAAGUAUCGGGAUACAGUAAGGCAGUUCAUCAAGGGGACAGAUGGAUUUUCUGGUGCUUUUGCUGAAUGCCUUUGUGGGAGCCCAAACCUAUACCAGGAAGGUGGUAGGAAACCCUGGAACAGUAUAAACUUCAUAUGCGCUCAUGAUGGCUUUACCCUUGCCGACUUGGUUACAUACAACGACAAACAUAAUCUCGCAAAUGGAGAAGACAAUAAAGACGGGGAUAGUCACAAUAACAGUUGGAAUUGCGGACAGGAGGGAGAAUUUGUUAGCAUCUCGGUAAAGAGGUUGAGGAAACGACAAAUGAGAAACUUCUUCCUUUGUCUAAUGGUUUCACAGGGUGUACCCAUGAUACAUAUGGGUGAUGAAUAUGGUCACACAAAAGGGGGAAACAACAACACAUAUUGCCAUGAUAACCAUAUUAACUACUUCCAAUGGGAUAAGAAAGAAGAGUCUUCAUCUGACUUCUUCAGAUUUUCUCGUCUAAUAACCAAUUUCCGCCAUGAAUGCGAGUCACUUGGCUUAAACGACUUCCCAACAGCAGAAAGAUUGCAGUGGCAUGGACAUAUUCCCGAAACACCAGAUUGGUCUGAAACAAGUAGAUUUGUGGCCUUCACCAUGAAGGACUCGGUAAAAGGAGAAGUAUAUAUCGCGUUCAACACUAGUCAUUUACCUGUUACUAUUACGCUUCCUGAAAGACCGGGCUACAGGUGGGACCCAUUGGUGGACACCAGCAAGCCUGCACCGUUUGAUUUCUUAAGUCAUGAUGUCCCCGGAAGAGAGGUAGCCAUCAAACAGUAUGCACAUUUUCUUGAUGCCAAUUUAUACCCUAUGCUUAGUUAUUCUUCUAUAAUCUUGUUACUGACUCCCGACAUAACUGCUUAAUCUAAUGCGCGUAUCAUACACAAUAAUUAAUAAUCACACGUUCUAGAAGCAUGGAUGGAAAAGUCACAAUACUUUGUAUUUAAGUAUAUCAUUUUAAGGAAAUACGCUUCUCUCGUGUA